AUGAAAUUUGUUAUUUUUUCUCUUCUUUUUCUUGUUGCGGUGAUUGUAGCUCAUAAAGGAUUUCACAAUCAUUUCUAUCCCCAAUGGGGAUAUUAUCCACAACCAUAUCAUAGUGGAUAUUACUUCCCCUCAAUAAAUUAUCCUUUACAUACAUUAUGGAAUCCAGGUUUUUCAUUCCCACCAUAUGAAUAUGGAUGGUUUAAUCCAUGGGGACAUCAUCAUCGCCAUCACAAUUUCCAUCACAAUUAUUUCCCACAUCAUCACUUUGGUCAUGGAUAUAAUUUUGCUGAUAGAUAUGCAUAUCACUUCUUUAAAAGACAUGGAUUUAAUGUUAAAGCUGCUCUUUACUUCUGUAACAGUCAUUUCACUAGACCAAUUGUCUGGCACAGUGCUUAUUUAUUUAACUACUGUACAUUUAUUAACCAAAAUUAUGGCCGUUGGAACAAAUAUGUACCAAAUUAUCCAAAUGUUCCUGAAGGUAAUUCUAUUGAAGGUCAAGAUAACUACCAAGGAUAUAGUGAAUCUAAUUCCAUUGAAACAAAUUCUGUUGAACCAGUCGCUUCUGAAUCAACAGGAUACAAUAACAACGUACAAUCCUAUUAA